AUGGAUCUUCAACCCGCCUCUCGGGAAUUAACCAUAGCACAAAAGCUCCAGCUUCUCGGCCUCUUCCCCAUCCUAACCAAAAGAGAACUUAAAUGUGCACUUCCUUUUCUCUUUCUUCUGAUCUCUUCCGUUGUUAUUUUUAGUUUUGUAAUCCCUCUUAAUUCUCAGUCAAUUCUUCGUAUUGGUUUCUUAUCGCAAAUCCUACCAAACAAAAAGCCAUCGCUAGAAGCUUGCGACUAUUCUAAUGGCAGAUGGGUUCGGGAUGAAAGCUACCGGCUUCGAUCAUACACUGAGAACUGCCCGUUUCUUGAUCCUGGCUUCCGGUGCAGUCAAAAUGGCCGGAAAGACGAAGAUUACCGCAAUUGGAGGUGGCAACCAGAGGGCUGUGAUCUUCCAAGAUUUAAUGCAAGCGAGCUCUUGGAACGAAGCAGAAAUGGGCGUAUAGUGUUUGCCGGAGAUUCUAUUGGAAGAAACCAGUGGGAGUCUUUGCUGUGCAUGCUUGGAGAAGCAGUCUCCAACAAAUCCAGAAUAUAUGAAGUAAAUGGAAACCCCGUAACAAAACACAAGGGCUUCCUCUCCAUGCGGUUCCAUGAUUACAACCUCACAGUUGAAUACUACAGGGCACCUUUUCUUGUUGUCAUAGGCCGCCCACCUCGGAACUCAUCGGACCAAGUCCGGACCACCGUCCGGGUUGACGAGUUGCACUGGUACUCCAAACAGUGGUCAGGAGCAGAUGUUCUAGUUUUUAAUGCUGGACAUUGGUGGAACGAAGACAAAACUGUAAAGAUGGGCUGCUAUUUUCAGGAAGGAGGCAAAGUUAACAUGACAAUGGAGGUGAUGGAAGCAUUCUGGAGGUCUCUACUAACAUGGAAAUCUUGGGCAUUACAAAAUUUAGAUCCUGAAAGGAGUCAUACAUUCUUUCGUAGCUAUUCCCCAGUGCAUUUCAGGAAUGGCACAUGGGAUGGCGGGGGUUUAUGCAGUAACAAUACAGAACCAGAAACAAACCGCACAAUGCUGGAAGCUGAACCAUUGAAUAAUGUAUUUAUUUCCAAUGUAAUCAAACAGAUGAAGAAUGGAAAGAGCAAGAUGAUCCAGUACUUAAACAUCACCUAUCUAACAGAAUUUAGGAAAGAUGGUCACCCCUCAAAGAAUCGCGAGCCAGGGACUCCAGCUCUAGCUCCACAAGACUGCAGCCAUUGGUGCCUACCUGGAGUGCCAGACACAUGGAAUGAACUCCUCUAUGCUCAUCUCUUGUCAAAAGGAUUCAGAACCAACUGAUCAUCAGGUACCGUUAAGCCUUUCAAAGAAAUGAAAAAUUCAUGUGACCACUCACAAUUGAUAACAUCGGCUGGCUGUACCA